AUCAUUAAUUGAAUUCUGUAUGUACAGCUAGAUAAUACAGAUUAUUUCUGACUAACAGCUGACAGCUCAGUCAUGAUGUUUCCUUUUGGUUUGUGGAUGUUGUUGAUUUUGUGCAUUGGAUGUUUAGGUGAAAAUCUGCAGUUUCCUGAGUUUAAUGGGGCAACAGGAAAAAGCGUAGUGCUCGCCCCUGAAGACCCACCAUACAUUUCUUCACAGAUUGCUUCAAUUACAUGGGCUUUUGGAGUGGUUAUUAUUCUUCUCUCAAACUCUGCUGGAACUUCAAUAUCUCCAGAAUAUGCUGACAGAGUUCAUCUGGACCCCACCACAGCUGCUCUGAAGCUCAAAAACCUGACUUUGAAUGAUUCUGGGACAUACAGGCUGACUGUAUCAACAAGUGAUUUCAAUACCCAUGCAGGACAAACUUCACUUAAAGUGUAUGAAACAGUAUCUGACACCACACUUAUUGUCGUGACAAUUGGUCCACAAGAAUCAUUAAUAGAGGAAGAAUCAAGUGCUAACUUAACCUGUAAAGGAAGCGGAAACAUCACUUCUGUGGAAUGGAUGAAAGAUAAUAAUCCACUGACACCCAGCAACAGAAUCAUCUUCUCAUCUGAUAACAGAUCAGUGUUGAUCAGUCCAGUGAUCAGAUCAGACAGUGGAGAAUAUCAAUGUACAUUAAGAAAUCCUUUCAGCUCUGAUACUGCAAACCUCAGACUUAUCAUCAACUAUGGACCAGAAGAUGUUUUUAUUGAUGGUCCGAAUGAAGUGGAUUUAGGCCGUCCUGUGUCGCUGUCUUGCUCUGCCACUUCUGUACCUUCUGCUUCAUUCACCUGGAGCUUUAAUGGAUCAGACACCGGUGUAACCACAAACACAUUUACCAUUGAUAAGAGUGACAUCACACACAGUGGAGAUUACAUCUGCACAGCCCACAAUGAUGUCACAGAGAUAAAUGUCUCUCAAAGACAUCUAUUAGUAGUUAAAGUUGGUGGUGAUGGAGGUGGAGGGCUGACAACAGGAGCAAUGGUUGGGAUUGUCAUUGGAGUUUUAGUGGCAGUUGCAGGCAUUUGUGGUUUGAUUUUCUACUUUAUAAAACAAAAACAACGUUCUAGGCCGGGUACUAAUAAUGCCGAGACGAUAUACGAAAACGUUGACUUUAAAAAAUAAACCCACCCUGAAUAUUUAAAACUAACCUGGAGUGACCUACAAUAUUCAUUUUUUGUUUCAUCAUUUAGCUGUGUUUUCUGAUAAAAUUAUAAAACAAUUUAUUUAAGUUAUUUUAUUUCAAACAUAAAGAAUAUUGAAGCUUUGUUCUCUGAAUUGUAUGAGGCUUCAAUAUGCAUACAAAGAUGUUGAAUCACUUGUAUUUGUAUAUCACAGAUUUUCAUAUUCUCUGCUAUUUCUUGUGAAAGUGGUUUGUGUUUUUUGUUAU